UCACGAAAUGGUCAGAAUGCGCAGGAAAUCAAUUUCAAGAUAGCAAAAACUGUAAAGGACUCGCCUUCCAAUCUGUGCAAAAAAACUACAGAAGACACUGUCAUUGCACAUGAAUGCUCAUUUUUCCACUGUAAUGGAAACAUGCAUCGAAGAUUCGGCAGAUAUAUUUCUCCCUCUGUCUUCACUGCGUCUCCUGAUCCCACCACUGCGGCUAGUCUCAGCUGCCAUGUGGCAGGUGGCACAAAGGAGAGACAUCAUGGAUUAUGGAAAACUGGAGGAAUUUGUCAGUUUGGUGACAGAGACAGUCCCUGAUCUUCUCACCUGCAAACAGAGGGCCCAAUUGCUACUUAAUCUACGGACCAGGUUGAUCCUUGAAAUGUGCCGUUGUGAUACCGCUGCCAAUUCAGAGUCAAUCCAGCCUCUGUUAGAUCGCAUUAGACCUCCGGGACAUACAGGGAGUGGAGACGCUCAGGUGGAUGCAGAAGAGACCAUCUUCCUGGAGCUGGUACAUACCUUGCUGAAAGACCCUGCUGAGAAGGAUCACUUCUUUCAGGAGGUGUUUCCAGUGGAAUACGGCAAUAAAUACGACACAGACUUGCAGCUUCUGGUGUGGGAGUUCCUCUCCAGAUUAGAAAAACUGCUACCGGUGCCUGAUCUUGGACAGACAGUGUCUUGGCUUAGCUCAGCCCCCUCUGUGUUGGACGAAUGUGUGGAGUCUCUCGCUCAGCCAGAGGACUUGAGAACUCUCCUCCAGCAUCACCAAAGCCUUGAGAAUGUUGGGGCACAAGGUCACACUGUGGAGAUGUCUUCUCAGGUCUUUGCCUGCUCGCAGUGCCCCUUCUUUCACAUGCAGGAGUCCUACCUACUUCAGCACAUUGAGAAAAGUCACCCCGAGGAGUAUACCAAGCUGCAGAAAGCUGCUGAGGAGACCUCAUCAAGGAAGACCUUCCAACGGGUCGAGUUCCCCCAGCCGUUUCCCAUCCACGCUGUAACAGAAGUGGCUCCCUCGGGAGUACACCCGUGCCCCCAGUGCGGCAAAAGCUUCACGCGCUCGUCGGAUGUGACGCGCCACCAGCGCAUUCAUACCGGCGAGCGGCCCUACAUCUGCAAGGAGUGCAGCAAGGGCUUCAAGAACUCCUGGGACUUGACGCGGCAUCAGCGCAUUCACACCGGAGAGCGGCCAUACGUGUGCCCGCAGUGCGCCAAGGGCUUCACGCAGUUCGGCCUGCUCAAGCUGCACUACGAGCGGACGCCGUGUGGCAUGAGCUCUGGCGAACUGCUGGAUACGGCGGGGCAAGUCGGCGACGCCAGGGGCAAGUACAAAUGCCAGAAGUGCGGCGCGAGUUUCGACACGAUCCUGGAGAGGCUGCAGCACCGGCAGACGCACGUGGUCAAGCGACAGUACAAGUGCGCGCAGUGCGAGAAGUCCUACGGCCGACCGUCGGACCUGCGGAGGCACCAGAUGAAGCACACGGGCGAGAGGCCGUUCCCGUGCGAGGAGUGCGCCAAGUGCUUCACCCACUGGUGGCUGCUGAAGAAGCACCAGCAGAUCCACAGCCGCGAGCGGCCGUACGCCUGUCCAGUGUGCGGCAAGGCCUUCUCCCAGCCGCAGAUUCUCAGCCGCCACCAGCUCACGCACAACGGCACUCGGCCCUUCCCGUGCUCGUAUUGCGACAAGAGCUUCACGCAGCUGGCGGGGCUGACGCGGCACCUGCGCGUCCACUCGGGUGAGAGGCCAUUCCCAUGCGGCGCGUGUGGCAAGAGCUUCCUGACGCACGGCGAGCUGUCGCGCCACCGGCGCAGCCACACGGACGAGAGGCCCUACCCGUGCCCGCAGUGCCCCAAGAGCUUCAAGACCAAGCGGGCACAGGCCGAGCACCUAAACACCCACACAGGGGAGAGGCCCUUCUCCUGCGCCCACUGUGGGAAGGUGUUCGCCAAAUCCACAUCGCUGGUGCGUCACAACCUCAUGCACACAGGAGAGAGGCCGCACCCGUGCCUUGAGUGUGGGAAGACCUUCCUCACGUCUGGGGAGCUGCUCCUGCACCGGCGCAUACACACGGGAGAGCGCCCUUACCCCUGCACGCUGUGCGAGCGCAAGUUCCGCUGCUCCUCGGACCUCACCAUGCACCUGCGGACUCACACGGGCGAGCGGCCGUACAGCUGUGGGGAGUGCAAGAAGUGCUUCUCCACCUCCACACGUCUCAAAAGACACAUGUUCACACACGUUGGAAAGAGUCUGUAAAAGUACAAGAUUUUGACAUUUCAUAAAAUAAAAUUGAGACAUGUCCCAUC